GCCGCCGGGAUGUGUAGUCCGCGGGACUCUGGCUUGAGCAUGGCCGCCGUGAGGAUGAUGACCCGGAGCCGGAGCUGGGGGCCGGGGGCCGCACCGCGGCGGGGUGGGGAGGAGGCGGCUCCGCUCCAGAGGCGGGAGGCGGCUGCAGGAAAGAAAAACCCUAGCCUUGCAAAGCGUCAGCGGAAGACACAGAAACUGAAGGUGGCCUACGAAGCCCCAGGUCACGAGAAAGGAGAGAGCCACAAAGCCCUGGAGGCACUAGGCUGGGAGCCCCAGGACUGGCGGCAGCAGCUGGAGAAUAUCCGCACCAUGAGGAGUGGGAAGGACGCCCCCGUGGACUGGCUGGGGGUUGAGCACUGCCAUGACCCCAGCGCUCCCCCAAAGGUGCAGAGGUACCAGGUGCUACUGUCACUGAUGCUCUCCAGCCAAACCAAAGACCAGGUGACAGCAGGCGCCAUGCAGCGACUGCGCGCUCACGGCCUGACAGUGGACAGCAUCCUACAGACAGAUGACGCCACGCUGGGCUCGCUCAUCUACCCCGUAGGCUUCUGGAGGAGCAAGGUAAAGUACAUCAAGCAGACCAGUGCCAUCCUGCAGCAGCGCUACGGCGGGGACAUCCCAGCAUCUGUGGCAGAGCUGGUGGCACUGCCCGGCGUGGGGCCCAAGAUGGCACACCUGGCCAUGGCGGUGGCCUGGGGCACUGUGUCAGGCAUCGUGGUGGUGUCUCUGAAGACGGACCCUGGAUCAGGGGGCUGCUUCGUCAGACCUUUGCUCAGAUUUGAGCUUCCGCGGCCACACGGCGGCGGCAGGCCUGGCCAGCGCAGAGACCAGGGCCUGAGCCACAGCCUCUGCGCCCACCUGGUGCUCCUGCUGCCGGAGCUGCAAGAGGGCAGAGACUCCCCAGCACUUCCCCUGGUCCUAAAGCCUCUGCUCCCUGGGGUGGGGACCCUUCGCGUGGGCAGGGGGCAGCCAGGGGCUGAGGGGCCCCGCCGUGAAGCCGGGCUGGAACCCAGCGGCCCGGAGACCGCGGUGGGCCUGGAGACCGCGGUGGGCCUGGCGGUGGGCCGGGACAGAGCUUGCCCUCCCCUCCCCCACCCGCAGCCGCCAGCCUCUUGCCAGCCCCAAGGCGUGGAUACUUGAGCUUAUCUGGUGGCUGUCCUCGGCUGCCCGAGGCCUGAGUCCCAGGAGGGGUCUGGAAGGUCUGUGGGGGAAGGGCCCACAGCCCCGGGAACAGGACUUUGGCGACAGCAGACACACAGGAGGGGAGUCCGAUUGUCCCCCUUUCUGGAUGUCUGCGGGCGCUCAGUUAGCAGCCCAGGGCUGUGGCCACAGCAGCCAGUGUCAGCACUGCCAUCCCGUCCCAGCCGAGUGACUGAGAGGCAAGGUGCUUGCUCUCUGAGCUUCGGCCUCCAGGCUGGGAACGUAUGCAGGGCGGGCAGAGCCUUCCUGGAGCUGCCCGCGGGAGCCUCCCGGUGUGGGGAGGCCCUGGGCCGGGCCUCUGGGUGGCAGGACGGAGCUGAGGCUUGGUAACCACUGUGGGUGCCCCCACCCUGUGUCCCCAGGGCACCCCCGGUCAGUGUCUGGGGAGGGAGCAGGUUCAGGACUCCAUCUCUCUUCUGGAGGAGGCCCCCGUGAGCAGGUGCCAGGCCGAGCCCUGGGGUGGCCGGCCCAGGGGAGCUGGGACCCUGCCCCCACUAGGUGACAGCUGCAGCUGGCCGGCCCAUCCUCCCUGUGCUGUCCCUGACCAUGCGGCAGUCGGUGCAGUGUCCUCAAGGUGGCCCGCUGGACCCAGCCCUGAGACCCGGCCUGGCACAGCUGGCACCUGGGCCGGGAGCUGCCGCUGCUGCCUGCCCCCCAGCUGCAGGACCUGAGGCCUCUGGCUCAGCUGCUGCCCCGCUCUCUGCAGUUCGGGGCCCUCUGGAAACCGGGGGGUGGGAGGAGGGGACCCUGGGCCUGGGCUCGGGGCUGUGGGCAGGGAGCCACCUGGUAAGCACGCUCUGUGAUGA